CUUUCAGCGGCGCCAUGGAGGGGAAGAGUUCCGCGAAGAAGAAGAAGGUGAGGAAGACCAACCCUCCGGCGGAGGAGGCAGUGACGGCGGCGGCGACCAUCCUCCUGAGGGAGGAUCUCAUCUUGGAGAUCCUCUCCCGCCUCCCCGCCAGGUCCGUCCACCGCUUCAAGUGCGUCUCCCCGGCCUGGCGCGACCUCAUCGCCGACCCCGCCCACCGCAAGAAGCUGCCCCAACCCCUCGCCGGUUUCCUCUACAGCACCUACCACGGGCCGGGCCGUCGCAUGUACGACUUUCACUUCGCCAAAGUUCCCGGCGGCGCAGCCCAGCCGGUCGACCCGUCCCUCUCUUUCUUGCCGUCCCACAAGUACUGGUACGUCGACCGGCUGGACACCUGCAAUGGCCUCCUCCUCUCCCGCGCCCACAAGUUCCCUUCUACUCCUUUCGGGGACGACGAUGAGCAGCUUGAAUACCAUUACAUCGUUUGCAAUCCGGCCACCGGGAGGUGGGUUGGCAUCCCCGCACUCCCGCCGGUGGCAGACGGCCACCGCGUCAUCGCUCGUUUGGCUUUUGAUCCAGCAGUGUCGCCGCAUUUCCACGUUCUUCAGUUUGAGGACACCGAACAGGAUAAAUACAUCACAGGAGUGGCCAUCUACUCUUCGCAAACCGGAGCCUGGAAUUACAGAGAAAGCCGCCUUCCUGAGAAAAUUAGCCUGUUCGCUGGCCUUACAAGUGUCUUCUUUCAAGGUAUGCUGCACUUGUAUGAACACGGACUUUGA